AUGUUUUCCACACGCGCUGGCUCGGGUGAAAGGAACACUUUCUCAUUAGACGCCUGCUUUCGCUUAGGGCACACAUCCCUUGUAAUACUGAGCACUCGCUUCCUCGUUUUCCACACUGCAUCCGUUGGCGCUUUUGGGAGCCACAUCAUCGUGCGCUAUUGCAUUGUCACUAUAGACGGACUAUUUUGGGAGUUUUAAUGUUUACGGCUUCAUUGCCUGGAGGAUACCUAUACCCAAUUUGUCUUACAGCAUUAAUCACUCGAUCAAAGAUCACUUCCUACUCAAUACUUUCUGCUACUAUACUUGCUCAAUGUGAAGCACGCUCACGAUCGAUGGUAUCACUACUUCACGAACACGGUUGCGCUUACGACAAUCAGUAUAGACAAGCGUCUUGGAUGAUUGCUGUGCCUGCAGCUUUCCCGGUCGUCAGCCGAGGCCACGUUCCCUGCCGCGUCGCUACACCUUUGAUGCAAGCCCUAGGGAACGUGGCGCUGGCGGUGGUGUACUCAGCCCUAAUCGCAUUGGACUGGCGUGAUCAGUGCUUGAUACGGUGCCCUUCCAGCCGUUCGCAAGGCUGCUGUGUGACGUUGCGCUUACAUCUUUACAGGAACCAACACAAAAGUGUAUCAAGAUCCCUACAAGUAGCUUCACCGUUCAACUUCGCCUAUGGCUUUGGUUCUGCACAUGUGCGGCCCAAAGUCGCGCGUGACUGCCUGUUCCAAGGUCAGAAAGGAAGCGCCCCACGCACGCCGGCCCGCUGCUCGCAAACGAUUGUGACCUCAUUGUCCGGUCACACAUCCCGGCCACGUUCCAAGAAAAUGGUCAAUUCAUUUUUACCGUCUCGCAUCGGACUGGGAUGGUCUCAACCGUCUGCACACUUGCUGUUUCAUUGCCAUUACUUCUCAUUUUGGAGCAUUGCAGGGUUUGCUAACGCGUACAGCUGUCACUGCACUCCACAGUAGCACGAUGCAUCGACACCCAACCUUAACGUUGACCGCUUCAAGCCAUCCACUUUUGCACGCCGUCAAAACUACGGUGCGGGGUUGUACAGCA